AUGAGCUGUUGUGGUCGUGCCGAGUGGAAGCGCGAGGAGGUUCCUGAUCACAAGUUCGACUUCAUUGACGUGCGCGACUACUACAACAAUGGCUCACUCACGCGGCUAAAGUAUGUCUGGCUCUUUGCGCUCGUCGUCAAGUCGAUUGCCGUCUACAUUGCAGACAUCUACACGGCCAUUACGCUCCUAGCAUUCAAUCACUUCAACGGAAGCAUCUACAACAAGGUUCAGGACAAUCCUCAAAACACUAUCAGGGUGCCCUUUGUCUAUGGACGAUGGAUCUUCACCGGCUGCAUCAUCUUUUCCUUUCUUCUCUUGGCCUACGAGGCCCACAAGUCGCGGGCCAUCAUUCGGAGUCGCGACAUCAGCUAUGCCUACACCAAUGUCAUGGCAAACAACUACUAUAGCAUCCGGAGCUACGACCACUUUUGCUUCUUCAACCAGAUCAACAACUCCAAGAAGAAGAAGGACGAAUUUGCCUUCUUUAUCUUCUUCACCUUCAAAGGCUGGAAGAGACUGCUGGUAGCCGAUGGACCUCGUCAGGUCAUCAACGCUCUGACUCUGUAUGCGCUUGGCGAGACGUCGAAAUGGUCGACGAACCUCAACGACUACUACGAAGGCAACAUCUUCACUCUCAUCAUGCUUCUCACCAUGCUCUUCACCGUCGUCGUCUUUGCCGGUUCCGCCAUCCUUCUCAUCGUCGCCACGCUCAUGUACCUGCCUCUGGUCUGCUAUAUUCAGGGCAACCUCAAGGAGUAUUGUUGCCACAAGAUCGACAAGCGAAUCUCUGAGCUCGUACAAAAGAAGAAGAAGCAGAGGCUGGGCAAGUAUGCCGCUAUUGCUCGGGCCGAGGCCGCAGGCGACUUCAGCCACCUGAUGAACAAGAAGGGCAUCAUUGUCGGUCAGAAGAUGCAGCAGCCCACGCUUCCCCAGGUCGAAGUGGAUCUCUUGGACGACACGAAGCCGGCUCUGAAGCGGGGCGCUUCCAUCGGCAGCUCGGCCAACGGCGCGUACGGGGUAUAUGGCAGCGGCAGUGAAAAGAAUGUUUAUGGCGGCAACGAUGCCGACGAGUACGGCAGCACGGCCCACCUCGUCAACAAUGCUGGUGUCGAGAGCUACGGCUCCCCGCCGAGCAUGCCUCCCACUGCGCACAACUCUCCUGACGCAUAUCCGAUGCAGGUCCGCGGCGUCAAUGGACUCCAGCAAAACGUCGUGCGCGCGGCGAGCCCAAGCACCAAUCUCUUGGCUCAAAUGGGUCCCAUCGGGACCAGCCCAGAAAUCUUUGCCAAGAAGAUUCAAGGUCGCGGUUACGAUGGGAGUGAUCAAACGUCGACGCUGAGCAACGGCGGUCGCGCCCACGGAAAGAGCCCGUUGGCGCAAGGAAGCGGAGGCGGAACCUAUGCCGAAAGUGCAGGCCUGGAGUAUCCACCACCCCAGCACGCACAUGGUGUCGAAGGCGCAGAGUACCCGCCCCCGCCUCCAGCUGGAUCUGCUGUCAUGGCCCAGCCUCCACCGGCGGACCUCUCUGCGUACACGCCCUACUCGACAGGCGGAGAUGGUGAAUACCUUGACGUCGACCGGGCGCCAAGUGGCCGAAGCACCCAGGAGAUGAGCCGGGACAAUUCGGGCUAUGGCUACGAAGAUGUGUACGAUGCCUACUACCACGAUGAUCAUUCGCACGCCGGCGGAUACUCCACCCAUGACACAAGUCAAUACAAUGGCGGUGGCCGUAAUCAAGCAGGUAUGGAGAGCCACGACCAGCAGUCGCAAGCCUGGAACGAGCACCGGGCGUCGGAGAACGGGCAGAUUGCCUUUGAUGGCGGACAAUACCAGCAAGGAUACGCAGAUGGUGGGCAGCACCGACAUGAGAGCCACGUUGACGAUGGAUUCGAGGGCGUCAUUGCUGGAUACAACGGCGCACCUCCAGACCACCAAAACUACAAUUACGGGCAUUCCAACGAUCACGGGUAUUCCUACAACCAAGGACAGGCCUAUGACCACGGGCAAACGUACAGCCAAGGACAAUCUCAUAACGGGCAAUCUCAUGACCACGGGCAAUCCUACGGUCCACGCCCAGUCCACGACCAGGGGCAAGAUUAUCGACAAGGGCAGGGCUACCACCAAGGGCAAGACUACCAAUACGGGCAACACCAAGAGGAUCUCUACUACCAUCAAGCUCAAGCUCGGUGA